UACUACAAUGGCGUCUGCUGAUCUGAGAGCUGAGCUGGACUGCUCCAUCUGCCUGAGCCUCUAUACAGAUCCUGUAUCCCUGAGAUGUGGACACAACUUCUGCCGCUCGUGUAUUGUGAGUGCGCUGGAUGCGCAGGAGGCAGCUGGAGUGUAUUCCUGUCCUGACUGCAGAGCAGAAUAUUUGGAGCGUCCGGCCCUGGAGAAGAACAGGAAGCUGGGGAACAUAGUGGAGCGUUUCUUAUCUGCUCGCCCUGAUAUGGAGGAGACCGGGAUCUUCUGUACUUACUGUACUAAGUCUCCUGUAACGGCUGUGAGGACAUGUCUGCACUGUGAGAUCUUUCUAUGUGAUGACCACCUGACAGCCCACAACAAGAUGGUGGAUCAUAUAUUAACAGAACCCACCAGAUCAUUUGGCUACAAAAAAUGUUCCCUCCACAAGAAGGUUCUGGAGUUAUACUGCCCGCAGGAUGCAGCUUGUGUGUGUGUGUUUUGCUGUCUGGUCGGGGAGCACAGGGGACACCAGGUGGAACUUCUAGAUGAGGCAUCUGAGAAGAAGAAGAAGAAACUGAAGAAAUAUCUAGAGGAACUAAACCCACAAAAAGCAAAAAUUCAGACAAAACUUCAGAAUCUGCAGGAUCGUAAGAGGAAUAUCCAGGAGAAGGCCUCUGAUAAGAGGAAGAACGUCAGGAAGUUAUUUAUGGACAUUAAGGAGCAACUGGAAAUGGGAGAAAAGAAAGCGCUGAGCGAGAUCUCCAGGCAGGAGGAGAAGAUUGUGUCCCAGAUAUCUGAUCUGAUCAAGAAGCUGGAAAUAGAGGAGGACGAGCUGUCCAGGAAGAUGCGUCACAUGGAGGAGAUGUGUCAUGUCACCGACCCAAUAAGACUCCUACAAGAAAGUGACAUUACAGUAUGUGGUCGUGGAGAUGAUGAGGACACAGGGGGAGAUGGUGGAGAGGGCAGGUCUGAGGAUGAUCUGGGUGAGGUUCUGAUCUCACUGACCUUACACCGAUCUAUGAGGGAUAUUGUCACCAAUGUCACAUCAGAGCUCGGGCUCCAUGUUCCAGACAUAUUUCUGGAUGAGGACACUGCUCAUAGAAAUGUGAAGAUAUCAGAAGAUCUGAAAACAGCAACAAGAACAGAAGAAGAACAACAGAACAGACCAAAAUCAUCGGAAAGAUUCAUGUAUUAUGCCCAGGUGUUAAGCAGAUGUGGCCUCUCCUCAGGAAGACAUUACUGGGAGGUAGAGUGGGACCUGAUAGGAGGAUGUAACAUCGGAAUGUCCUAUCCCAGUAUAGUAAGGGAAGGACAGGAGUCUGGUAUUAUAUAUAAUGAUAAAUCUUGGUGUCUGCAUAUAUCUGGUGCAGUAUGUGAAGUGUAUCACAACUCAGUCAGAUUCCCUCUCAGUGUAGAUACAACAUGUCCUAGACUUGGGGUCUUCUUGGACUAUGAGGCCGGGCGUCUGUCCUUCUAUCAGCUGUGUGACCCCAUCAGACACUUACACACCUUCACCGCCUCCUUCUCUGAACCCCUACAUGUUGACUUUGGUUUGUGGCCUGGAGCCUCUGUUAGAAUAAUAAGCUGAGGCCGAUGCGUCCACGUCCCGUUACUUCGUCUGCACACGAGUUCGGGUGAACGCACAUCAGAUCUGCAGCAAUACCUUUAUAACACCCCAGACUUGUUACUACACGCCUCUUCCCUGCUACUGUCUCCUAAGAGCUUUGUACUAUCAUCAGAUGUGAUUUUGCUCAUGUCCUCUGUGCAUACAAAUCUAUGUUCAUAGAAAUUGUUCAUGUAAUCUGCCUGGUUACCAGCAUAAUUGGCAGACAUAGUCUUAAUGUUAUGGCAGUUCAGAGUUAAACAAUCCUGUUCUAUUCUGCCCCCCCUUCUGGAGAGAGGUGGACUAUUCCGUCUUCCUGCAGCAAGGAGGGAAAAAACUGUUAGAUCAAGAUUUAGCUACCCCGCAUAGAGAAGACAGCAAGGACCCCCACUGAUGUCGCUGUAGGGGCUUCUUUAUGUUUCAGGGACACAUUUGGGGAACAUAUAAUUAUUAAUCAGCUUUUCCUAUUUCUGUAGAGAUGUGACAAUGUGACGCUUCUUUCCGCACUAUACGCGGCAUUUGUUGUGUUUUUUUCCCUUUUUAUGGAAUAAAUGUCUGACUACUUCUGUCCAUCAGAGUUGUCGGUCCUAUCAUCUGGG